AUUUCCCUAAACCACAAAGUGCAUCCCAACUGGUGACUGAUAAAGUUAACUGUCCCAUUUCUUGUCUGAUAAUUUCUGCAUUUUUGGAUGCCAGGAGGGAAAUGUGCUUUUGUUCAAGUCAAGAAGUAAAUGCUAACACCAUACAGAAGAAGCAAUUGAUCAAGGCCAAGUGGUUGCAAAAGGAAGAUUUGCCGAUUGGGUCAUUGACUAACAUCAUCAGUUAAAAUGGAUGCAAUGUCUUUGUGUUUAAGACGUACCAUUGGCCCAAGAACUGGAUGCAGCACAUUGUUGUCAAGAAUUUUCAAGAUACGGACAGAACGCACUGUGCAUUACUCUUCAGGUGUUUUAGGUCAGUCAACCCCUGAACAGACGGAGCGAUUUGUACCCAGAAGGGCUAUGAUGUAUGUUCCUGGAAGUGACAAGAAGAAACUUGGCAAAAUUCCAUCACUGCAAGUUGACUGUGCUGUAAUGGAUUGUGAAGAUGGAGUAGCCAUGAAUAGAAAAUUGGAAGCCCGUCUGAACAUAUCUGAAGCCCUGGACACCCUAGACUUUGGCCAGACUGAGUGUGCAGUCAGGAUUAACUCUGUCAACAGUGGCUUUAUGGAGGAAGACCUUCGCAUCACCCUCAUGGCCAAUAAGCUUCCUCAGGCCCUCAUGUUACCCAAAGUGGAAACCCCAGAGGAACUAGAACUGUUUACAGAGAAACUGUGCACAGCCCUGGAUGAUAGAGCUCUGGCAGAGAAGUUGAGGUUAGUGAUAUUUGUGGAGAGUGCUAUUGGAAUCAUCAACCUGGAGCCAGUUUGUAGGCGUGGCUUGGAGCUGUCCAAAUCAGGACCCUACAAGCUGGAUGGGGUCGUCUUUGGAUCAGAUGACUUCUGUGCAGAUAUUGGUGCUACAAGAAGUGUGGAGUGCACAGAGGUUAUGUAUGCCAGACAGAAGGUAGUGCUUACGGCAAAGGCAUUCAGACUUCAAGCAAUCGAUGUUGUCCACACUGAUUAUAAAGAUUUAGAUUCCUUGAAGAGACAGUCCAUUGAAGGCGCUAGAAUGGGUUACACAGGGAAGCAGGUCAUUCAUCCAGGACAGAUUUCUACAGUACAAGAAGCAUUUACACCCUCCCCUGAGAAAAUAGAAUGGGCCACAGAACUAAUACAAGCUUUUGAUGGACAUCAGAAAUCAGGAAGGGGUGCAUUUACUUUUCGGGGAAACAUGAUUGACAUGCCAUUGUUACUGCAGGCUAGGAAUAUUUUGGAGCUGGUAAAGGUCACCAGAGGAAGAUAACAAGAUUUACACCGUGCUGUUAAAGCUGUUGUAUAUUUGUAAAUG